AUGGACAACGAGAUUCAUCCCAUCAUUGAACUACCAACCAUUGCCGAUAUUGAGGCGUCGACCGAUGUCCUUAGUAUACGAACCAACGCCAUUAAAGUGGUUCGAGUAAAGGAACACUUCGCAGUCAAGAUUGGGUAUUCGAUCCCGCCUUUGGAAGCUGAGAACAUGAAAUUUGUUGCAGCCAACAGCAAGGUUCCUGUGCCAAAGGUUCACGCCAACUUUGUCGACCCAGAGACCCAGAAAAGAUAUGUCGUUAUGGAUUUCGUCCCUGGUACAGACUUGCAAAAGUUACUGCCAUCGCUCACCCCAAUCGAGAAAACGACGGUCAGCAAGAGGAUCAAACAGGCGAUCAAUGAACUGCGAACAUUACCAUCACCUGACUACUUUGGGAACUUGAAUGGGACGCCUUACAUCGACGGUGUUCUUUCAACUCCUGAUAACAACCCAAUCAUUUCUGGGCCAUUCAAGGAUCAGAAGCAGAUGAAUCAAGGAAUACUGGAGAGACUGGGCCAAACGCAGUCACCGCACUACAUUCGAUUGUUGAAAGAAAUGAUCAACUGCACCCUCAAGAACCAUCGAAUUGUCUUUACUCAUGGAGACCUGCAACCAAAGAACAUAAUUGUGGAGCGAAUAGGGGUCUGCAAUGAUGGAGACGCAGACUUCAAAGUCACUCUCAUCGACUGGAAUUUGUCAGGAUGGUACCCCGAGUUUUGGGAUUUUUGCAAUUCAACAUUGUACUGCCAAAUGAAACCGGAUUGGCUCGAGCUUAUCCCAGACAUAUUUGACCAAUACCCGAUAGAAUACCUAAUGAUGCAAGUCGUCUACUCGUCGGUUUUUUAUUGA